CUUCACCCCCCUCCCCUCUCAUCCUUUCUCUCUCCCCUCUCUCUCUCUCUCCUCCUCCGUUGUCUUUUUAAUGUAACUUCUGGAUGAUCGGGAGAGCAGGGAGCGUCUGGAGAGCCUGGUCCGGUGACUCCAUCUCUGCUGAAAGAUCCGCUCGCGAGGCAUUCUGCUCGUCAUAGCUGGACACAAGGACUGACUGGAGGGGAUCCGUCGGUGGAAUAACGCCGCGCUUUCCUGUGGAUUUCGGUUCUGUUAAUUUUUUUUUUUAACUUCCCGGAUGUUGGAGCGCAUCAGACCGCUCUGAGUGAAGCGGUCACAUUAUUAGUUAGUGUCGCACGUCGGUGAUCCAAUGAAGGCUGUUUCAAAGCAUCUAAUGUGACUAUCCUUUUCUCUUUUAAUGUAAAAAAAUGAGGAUAAUAAUAGUAAUGAUGUCGGAAUUUCUUUAAGAGAUUAAAAUCGCGUGCGUUAGAAAUUUAUUUUAAAACAAAAGAACAUUUAUUAAUUCAAUUAAAGGAAAGUUGCUUGUGCAAAGUUUUGGAGUCUGUCGGUAUGGCUAUGGUGGCGUGGAGAACCACGGAGGGCGUCGGGGACUCCCAGGGGACUCUCUCCUCCGCGGUGUCCCAGGUGGCUCCUCUGUCUCUUCCCAGUGAACUGAUGAGCUCGGCGGCCUCUCUGGACAUACCCCAGGCAGGAGCGGCUCCGGGAGCACCGCCGCCCAAUCUGUCCGGCGCCUCCGCCGCGUCCGCCUCCACCACCGCCUCCUCCUCCUCCACGAACAACAACAACAACAGCACCUCCUCCUCGUCGUCGUCUUCGUCCUCCUCUUCCAUGGACAAGCAGCAGAGCCAGCAGAUCGAGUGCAUCGUCUGCGGGGACAAAUCCAGCGGGAAGCACUACGGACAGUUCACGUGCGAGGGAUGUAAGAGCUUCUUCAAGCGCAGCGUCAGGAGGAACCUGACGUACACCUGCAGGGCCAACAGGAACUGUCCCGUGGACCAGCACCACCGCAACCAGUGCCAGUACUGCCGCCUCAAGAAAUGCCUCAAAGUCGGCAUGAGGCGGGAAGCCGUGCAAAGGGGCAGGAUACCCACGCAGUCUUACCACGGCCAGUUCGCGCUGACGAACGGGGACCCUCUGCAGUGCCACUCCUACUUGUCCGGGUACAUCUCCCUGCUGCUGCGGGCCGAGCCCUACCCGACCUCCCGGUUCGGCUCCCAGUGCCUGCAGAACAACAACAUCAUGGGGAUCGAGAACAUCUGCGAGCUGGCGGCGCGGAUGCUCUUCAGCGCCGUGGAGUGGGCCCGGAACAUCCCGUUCUUCCCGGACUUGCAGGUGCCGGACCAGGUGGCCCUGCUCCGCCUCACCUGGAGCGAGCUGUUCGUGCUGAACGCCGCCCAGUGCUCCAUGCCCGUCCACGUGGCCCCGCUGCUGGCCGCCGCGGGGCUCCACGCGUCCCCGAUGUCCGCCGACCGGGUGGUGGCCUUCAUGGAUCACAUCCGGGUCUUCCAGGAGCAGGUGGAGAAGCUGAAGGUGCUGCAGGUGGACUCGGCGGAGUACAGCUGCAUCAAGGCCGUCGUCCUCUUCACCACAGACGCCUGCGGCCUGUCGGACGUGGCCCACGUGGAGAGCCUCCAGGAGAAGUCCCAGUGCGCGCUGGAGGAGUACGUGAGGAGCCAGUACCCCAACCAGCCCAACCGGUUCGGGAAGCUGCUGCUCCGCCUGCCCUCGCUGCGCACUGUCUCCUCCUCGGUCAUCGAGCAGCUGUUCUUCGUGCGCCUGGUGGGGAAGACGCCCAUUGAGACGCUGAUAAGGGACAUGCUGCUGUCCGGCAGCAGCUUCAGCUGGCCGUACAUGCCCAUCCAGUAGGUGGAAGGCUACCAGGUUACAUCUCCAAUCGAGCGAUUUGGUUUUUUUGUCUUUGUUUUUUUCCCAUGUAACCCAAAAUUCUCUGCCAGAGGAAUGAGAUUAUUAAAGGUAAAAAAAUCAAUAUCAGCAGUUUGCCUUAUUUUACAAAAAGGGUCCUGAACGAAAUGAAGAGCAGGAAAUGAUUUCAAAUCACAGGCAGAAUAAAAAAUGUUUUUUUCUUUCUUUUCUUUUUUUGUAAUUGUGAUGGUGUAUGGACGCUUUAACAAAACGAUAUUUAUUGGACCUGUGUGUAUAUUUAUCGUGCUUGUAAAUUAAGUUUCCGAUCCUUUUGCUUUCUAAAUGUUACGUGUGUCGUUUUUUGCCCACGGUCAGUGAGGAAACUGCAGGGAGCCUCUUGUGUGUGUUGAUCUGUUCAUUUCUCUUUCUUUUUAUUUGAGUUUUGUCUCUGUUCUUGUUGAUUUCAUACCCUCCAGAAAGAAAAAAAAAAAAAAAAAAAAAAAGCACUUUGGACUCUGUGAAAAAUGGAAAUAUUUACAGCAUUUGUUUUGAGCCUGACCCACUCGGUUCCACACUGAAGCUCUGAAUUUGUGGUUAAUUGUUUUUGUCAUUUCCUGGUUAUGAAAUCGCUCUUUUUUUAAAAGAAAGAAAUUACUCCUCUUUUUUUUUUUUUACAAAAACAUUCUCUUGUAAAAAAAAAAUGGAACUGUACAUACUUCUUGGCCAAAUUUCCUCAUUCUUUUCACGACUGCAAAUAUGACUGUUUGCCUUCUGUGACGACGUUAAAAGCGGAUCAUUUUUGGGGGUUUUAUGUUCAGAUAUGCUCAGAUAUGUUGCGGCUGAGAGAGGCCGACUGUCAGGAAGCUGCAGGGUAUUUUUCUACUCAGAGGGGUUCACAGUCAGACCCCGCUCCCCGUCUCGUUUAUUCCUCUCACAAACAAAAUAGGAAAAAAAAAACACAAACAAUGACACAAGGAGAUUAUUGAUGAUUACAUUACCAAAUAACGUGUUUCCACUUUUUUUAUUUUAUUUUUAAUUUUGGUUGUCUUAGAGACUUUUUAAAGAGCAACAUCUUCCUGGGCCGAGAGACAAAUGGACUUGAUGGGAAUCGUGUGUUUACAUGAACCCAGGCCACUCACUUGCACAACCUGCUCCGUUCAAAGGGUACGAAUGUGUGUGUGUGUGUGUGUGUGUGUGUGUUCCCUCAUGUUUUUAUUUUUCUUUUUUUCUGACAACCACUCUGAUGUACUGUGAAAGUUAACAUAUUGGUACCUUAUUAAAUUAUAACUCAAGAUUUA